GUUCAAAGUGUCAAGUCGAUAAAAAAAUAAUAAGUUAUGGAUGAUUUAAAUCUCCAGCCAUUGAAUUUGGAAGUGAUGAAGCCAGUGGCUGAAUAUCGUGAAAUGCAUUCAGAAAUUCACAACGAUGAGCCAAAGACUAUUUUAGAUUUAGAGUCACACGCGCCUGUUAAUUAUAUGGAUUCAUUUAAUGAUCACAUUCGAUCACCGCCAAAGCAUUUUACAUUAGAUUUUUCAAAUGCCAGUAAUCCAUUAGCUACAACCACAAUUUAUGGAGACGACUGGAAUCAAAGAUUGAAUUUUCCAAAUUACACAAGUCCUAUUUAUGUCACAAAUCCUGCAAAUGUCUUUUAUCCACUUGCUGGUGCUAUUCCUAUACAUUCAAUGCAAGAUAGUCCAAUAUUCCAUAAUAGUUACAAUUCACAUCAAUCAAAAGGCUCGCAUGAGAAUUCAGGAAUGCGUAAAGAAGACUGGAAAAAACGUGCAAUGGAAGUUGAAAGUGCUUUUAAAAAGACUGCAUGUGAUCGUGAAAGGAAUCGAAUGAGAGAUAUGAAUAGGGCAUUUGACACUUUAAGGACGAGACUACCAGUGAGUAAGCCAUCCGGAAAGAAAUACUCAAAAAUCGAAUGCUUGAGGAUUGCGAUUAAUUACAUUAAACACCUCCAGAGCUGUCUUGAUGACUACAGAGUAGAUCACAACAGUUUCUAUCAAUUGAUGCCCUCCAAAUAUAUUAAAACAUCCAGACACCAUCAUCAUUAAUAAAGAUAUUUUUAAACAUUUUCCUUUUUGUAUGUGACUAUUAAAUGAUUAGUCAUUUCAGUGCUUGUUGUGGCCAUGUCUGUUGUUAUUAUCAAAGUAUCAUCACUUGAAAGUUCGUAAAUUUUGGCAAUCUUUGUGACAAACGGUUCCUUGCCAACUGACAAUCUUCCUAAUUCUUUAGAUUCCAAGGUCAUCUUAUUCUCACUUAUUUCACCUUCCAUAACGACAGACAGUCCAAAAUUGUGAGCUUCAUUUGUGAAUGCUUUGUUAUUCUGUGCAUUAGCACGAAUGAAGCCACUUUCACAGUGUUUUGUGACUCCUCCGAUGUUUGUUAUGGCUUUAUAGAUCAAAAGUGGCUGUCCACGUUCUUCAAAGACUAAUUCCUCAUUAUAUGCGAAGUUCUUAAUUGUUGGAUAUUUUCCAAUAGCUUCAACACUUUUCCAGGUUCCUAAUAACUUCUUGAGAAAUGAAUGCAUGACUGUAACUUGAUAUAAAUUUGAGAAAACGACUUAUUUAUUAUCUCGAUCACCUGUUUGUUGUUUU